AACCAGGAACAUCUAGCAGUCUACGGAUCCACCUCACUGCACACAAACUUAAUAGUACUUGACAGUAUCAUCAGGCAGGAACGGAUUCGAUCUCGUAACAUACACGAGAAAAAAGGGAUUAUCUUUCCUUCCGAACAAACUUGUUUCGCCAGUCGUCGCAGACCCUCAGAAGAAAAUCUUUGACGAUCGUCUGUUAACAAUGGAGGACAAGACUAACUCUGGAAGCGCUGCGGUAUCCGAGAGCCCGACAUCGGGCUCCACUCCUGCGAAAAAAGUGACAAAAUCGAAGGCGAAAGCUCAACGUACGAAGUCGUCUCACCCUCCAACAUCCGAGAUGGUGAACGCUGCCAUAAAGGAGCUGAAAGAUCGCAAGGGAUCGUCGUUGCAGGCUAUCAAGAAGUACAUCACGUCGACGUACACCGUCGACGGCGAGAAGCUGGCGCCGUUCAUCAGAAGGUACUUGAAAACUGCCGUCACUUCUGGCGCGGUGCUGCAAACUAAAGGCAAAGGUGCGUCUGGUUCCUUCAAAUUGAACACCGGCAAAUCUACAACGGAGACCACGAAGGCUGGGAAACCGAAGAGCUCCCGAAGAGAGUCCAGGAAACCUGUUGUCGAAAAGAAGUCCGUCGCUAAGAAAGCCUCCCCGGUAAAGAAGCCCGCUUCUCCGAAAAAAUCUUCCGAGAAGAAGGCCGUCGCCGCGAAGAAGACAGCGGCUAAAGCUGUCGCUAAAGUCAAGGCAGCCAGCGAGCCUAAGAGCAUGUCGAAGGCUAAGAAGACCGCGAAGGCACCGGCCGCUAAAACGAAGACGCCCAAGCCGAAGAAAGCCUCUACAUCGAGAAAAUCCUCUGCAGGAAAAGUCGCCAAAUCACCAGCGAAGAAAUAAUUGUUCUUCAACCAUAACUUCAUUCUAUCAUAAAAGGCCCUUUUUAGGGCCACCAAAUUUUCAUACGUAGAGCAAUCCUAUUCGCUACAGAACUAUAUUUUCAAUGGCCGAUCGAAAAGACGUGUUUCAGAGCCAUCUAGUAAUGCAUCUGGGCACUCAUGUCCGCUAUAAACAUGAAAUAAAAUUAUAUCCUAUCAAACCUUUAUUAUCCCGUUCCUAUGAAAUGAAUAAAACCAAAUACGGAGUUCGUCAGGAAAGCAAUAUAGCAGAGGUUCCCAUAGCCACAAUUAUCUGCGGUACAAUAGACUCGUAUAAAAUUAGUGAUGAAUGAGCACUUCGUUCUAGAACGGGUUUCCAGUGUCCAUAGAGAGCAUCCGUCGUAUGUAUGCUUUUCUCUCUUCUCCGAUUUAGGAUUAAUUUAAUACAGAAGGCGUCUGCGAUGGAAAAAUGUGUAACAUGGAUUCCUGGAUAGCUGCUAUUUUGGACUCACUCGUCUAUUGUAAUUUAUUAUUUAAAACAAAAUUUGCCCAACUCGUAUUGUACCGAAGAUAACUAAAUAGAACAUAAUAGAACUAAAUAGAACACGUAACUAUGUGCUCUUCUGAGUUGUGUUUUGUACUGUGUACUGUGUGUUUUUUACUUCUCCUCGUGUAGUUUCUUAGCUGACAUAUCUAUCCUGAUAACAUCUAUAUUUGCUGCAAAAUUUAGAGAAAUUUGUAAACAGAAGAAAUUCGAAAAUUAGGAACCCACAAAAUUUUUGGAUAAGAUUUUUCAACAGGCGUCGCAGAAUUUUCCAAGAAUUGUAGUGUCUUAACAGUAGAAUAUUGAAUAACGACCUAAGUGGGAAUGGAUUUUUUUAAUACAACAGAGAACUUUUUCUAUGAUGAGGCUAGCUAUAGUGUUCUCAAUCGUUACUAUACAUUAUGAUUAUAAUAUCAAAUCUUAAUUUUUAUAUUCCUUCUUUGUACUGAUGGGUAUAUCCCGCUUAAAUAAAAUAAAUAAUUUCAUUUUAAUAAA